UAGCAAAGGGAAGCAACCAAAUCAACUCAAAAGAAGAUACCAAGUGGCAAGAGAGAGAGAGAGAGAGAGAGAGAGAGAGAGAGAGGAUGGGGAAGUCACCUAGUAGUGACGAGAAUGGCCUGAAGAAAGGACCAUGGACACCUGAGGAAGAUGAGAAGCUUGUUGAGUGCAUCAAGAAUCAUGGUCAUGGAAGUUGGAGAGCCCUCCCAAAGCUUGCAGGUCUUAACAGAUGUGGCAAGAGUUGUAGGUUAAGAUGGACAAAUUAUCUGAGGCCAGAUAUCAAGAGGGGAAACUUUUCUCAAGAAGAAGAACAAACAAUUCUCCAUCUCCAUUCCAUCCUUGGAAACAAGUGGUCAACGAUUGCUACCCACUUACCGGGCCGGACCGACAAUGAAAUCAAGAAUUUCUGGAAUACCCAUUUGAAGAAGAAGCUAAUUCACAUGGGUUUCGAUCCGAUGACCCAUCAGCCCAGAACUGAUCUCUUCUCUAGCUUACCAAAUCUGGUAGCCUUGGCUAGCCUCAGAGACCUAAUGGAGCAACCCUCAUUGGAAGAACAAUCUCUGAAGUUACAAUAUCUCCAAUACUUGCAAUACCUAUUCCAACCUGCACCUGCAGCAACUCCUGAAAUUGACAGUGUCAAUCUAUGGAAUUCAAUGCCAUCACUUGAUGAGGAAAACCCAGUUUUUAAUUCACCACAGAUAAUGCAAAACCAAUCUCUGUUUCCCAUUGCAAGCCCAAUAAUGAGUAGUAAUUCUCAACCACUCCAGAAUCCAAUCAUCAGCCCCGCCCACGUAGUAGGCCCACCACAAGUCCCUCUCAAUUUCCAAAUACCUUUGAGUAGUGAUGUCGUGGGCCAAGGUUUUGAUUUUGAUAACCCACCUAACUUUCAAUCGAUUCUUCCAUCUACUUGUUCUUCUUCCGGGCAUCUGUUGUUGAUGAACGAGAAUUCGACAAGUAACCCGGGAUACGGUAGCAGCAGUAGUAGAUCUAGCCAUGGGGCCGGCGGAACUUCUUCUUAUUGGCCUGAAUUGCUUUUUGAAGAACCAUUUAUGGAUGAAACUUCUUAGUUUUUAUUUUGGAGUUGUUUGGGUGCAUUUCCGUGUGUAUUAUUACUAUAAUUAUACGGAUUUAGGUACGUUAACAUACAUACAUAUAUAUAUAUAUAUAUAUAUAUUUAUGUGUGGAGGCAUGUAUAUAUAUAAGUGUUGUUUAUGUUGUUAAUAAUAUGAUGAGGUUUGUUUCUUAUGUCACAAUUUGUACUUGAUAAAGAGUUAUAUAGCGCUGGCGAUUGGACCGAAUUUCGGUUUA